CUGCGGCAGAUAGGGGGCCUGUGCUCGCGCAGUCGCGGUCAAUGAACGGACGGAUCAGGUAAGCGCUGCUAAUUCAACAACAGGUGAAUGAAUGACCGCCACCGAGGCUCUGCUGGCUGUUACAUCCAUUAAUCGAGACCACAUCAAGCAAAUAAAGAUGUGAUUUGGAUUGUUUUAGUCGGAGUUUUCUGGCUGUAAGUUGGGACGCGUCGUGGCCACUUGUCCAAGUUACUCCAGGUAACGUUAAAUAAAUAUUAGCUGUUGACACUCACUAGCUAACAUACUCUUUAAAUGACCUGGGAGAAUAUAAAACUUUACAAUGCGGUUUAAUAGACCAUUACACUCUCGUUUGUUGUCACGGUUUGUUUCUCCUGAAUUAGACUUCGUGACAUCUGUUAAUCUGGUCGACACGUUUAACUAUUCUCGUCACUAAAUCACUUUUAAAGAGGUCUAAUGUUACCCAUGAUAAAGUGUCAUUGUUUGUUUAUUAUAGGAGAUAUUCAUUCAUUUUAGGUUGUCCAGCUUAAUCGUCGCAAUGUAUAUUUUAUUCAAACCGGUUUGUUUAUUUUAGUGAUAUCUAAAAAUACUUUUUCUGCAUAUAGCUCUUCUAUAUAUUUACCUCUUAUCCUAUAUUUAUCUGUAAAUAUAUCUCUGUACUUAAAACACUUCUUUGUUUACACAACACGUGCCUGGAAAUAGAACAUUCAGCAUCAGGAGAGAAUUAACACUUACUAUUCAACUGACAGAUGAAAAAGAUGACAUCUUUGUCAUCAUUUACUCACUCUCAUGUCAACCCAAACCUCCAAAUGUGUACAACCUUCUUUCUUCAAUCAAAGUUUGUGGAUUUUAGGUGCCAUUCUUGUCAAUACGCUGACAGUAAAUAAUGAUUGACAGCUGUCCAAACAGAAUGUGACUCCUGUCACUUUUGUAACAAACAGACCUAUUCACUGAAAUUUUGAAUGAGAAGAUUUGGAAUAUAGCACACUAGUCAUAUGAACACAUGACACUUGUAUGGUGAAUCUUUAAGAUGUUGAACUGGAUUCAUUAUGCAGGGUAUUCAGUUUAAAUUUAUACAGAUCAGAACUGAAAUGCUUUUCAACAGCUACAGCCAAAAUGGAAAAAAAAUAUUUGCUACAAGUAAAAAAAAAAAACAUGCAAGUUAGCCGUUGGUCCACUCCACCCUUUAAGUAUGCCAAACUGGUAUCUAAUGCAUGUAUAUCAUUGUUUUGUUAUUUUCUCAAUUAAUGAAGCUUAAACCCAUAGAUCCGUGUUGAUGACCUCAUCGCUCUGGUGUAAACAUUAGCUCAGUCCUUCACCUCCCCAGAGAGAUCUCUGUUCCUACCUGUAAACCGAUUCUUACCUAGCAACCCUUCUGCUUGUUUUCAAGGGUUCGGGUGGCAGGCAAGCUUCUAGCUUCUGAGUCUGUGCUCUUAUCUAAAAUAUGACGCAAUGUACUGUAUUAAUAUGAAGUAAAUUUCUGUUUUUAUUUUUUACAGGUGUUUUUCACUGCACUGUUUUAUAGUUAACUACAUUUCUGUACAAAUUUAUGGAUUAUGUCGUGGCAGACACAUUACCGGUUGCACUUUAUUUUACAGUACGUGUACUCACAUGUACUUAUAGUGUACUUACAGUGUAUUUAUCUAUGAAAGUUCUGGUAAUACAAGGUAUCUACAUUGGGUAGGGUUAGGUUUAGGAGUAGGUUCAGGGUUAGUACAUAGUUAUUACAUAGUUAUUGUAAUUACUUUAAUAAGUACAUAGUAUGUACAUGAGGAACAGGACUGUAAAAUAAAGUGCUACCCAAUUACCAAUACUUAUUUUGCCAGUGUAUAAUUGUUGUUUUCUGUGUUGUAUUCUAUGGUGCUUCCUUAAAAACACAUAUCCCUUCUUUAUUAUAAAGAAUUUUCUUUCAUUGCAGCCAAAAGGAGAUCUUGCUUUUAGUGUGAAUUAAGGGUCCGAGUGUCUGAGACAUGUUGUCAGGGGAGGAAAUCUUAUGCAGCACCCAGCAGGUGAUCGCAGGGCUGGAGGCUCUGCGUGGAGAGAACCGCACGCUGCUGGACAGCCUGCAGGAAACACUUCAGAGCCAGACGCCCAGCGAGAGCGCUAGCCUGGAGCAGGAGAAGACCAACAUCAUUUUAGAGUCUCUGGAGAGGAUUGAACUGGGCCUAGGAGAGGCGCAAGUGAUGAUGGCGCUGUCAGCACACCUGGGCUCUUUGGAAGCAGAAAAGCAGAAGUUGCGUGCUCAGGUGCGGAGGUUGUGCCAGGAGAACCAGUGGCUGAGGGACGAGCUGGCCCGGGCCCAGCAACAGCUACAGGAGCGGGAACAGGAAGUGGUUACUUUAGAGGAGCAGAACAGACAUCUGCAGUUCAUGAGCAGCAUCCGCAAGUACGACCAUGAAGAGUCGCCUAUGGAGGAUAAAGAUUCUGCUUCAGGGAAGGGGUCCCUUGAUGAUCUCUUUCCUUCUGAAGAAGAGGAGCAAUCACACAUGUCUCAGCCACACAGUAGUGCUGCCGCUGCUGCCCAGCAGGGAGGAUAUGAGAUCCCUGCCCGCCUCCGAACUCUCCACAACCUGGUGAUCCAGUACGCCUCUCAGGGCCGCUAUGAGGUGGCCGUGCCGCUCUGCAAGCAAGCUCUGGAGGACCUGGAGAAAUCCUCAGGCCACAGCCAUCCGGAUGUUGCUACCAUGCUCAAUAUCCUGGCUUUAGUGUACAGGGAUCAAAACAAAUACAAGGAAGCGGCCAAUCUCCUGAAUGAUGCGUUGGCUAUCCGUGAGAAGACACUAGGCAUGGACCAUCCAGCGGUGGCAGCUACUCUGAAUAAUCUGGCUGUGUUGUAUGGUAAAAGAGGGAAGUAUAAAGAGGCAGAGCCGCUGUGUAAAAGAGCUCUGGAGAUCAGAGAAAAGGUGCUUGGGACCGAUCACCCUGAUGUAGCUAAGCAGCUGAAUAACUUGGCCCUCCUAUGCCAGAACCAGGGCAAAUACCAGGAGGUGGAGCAGUACUAUGAACGUGCGCUGCACAUUUACCAGAGCCAGCUGGGUCCAGACGAUGCCAACGUAGCCAAGACCAAGAACAACCUGGCCUCCUGUUAUCUCAAGCAGGGCAAAUACAGGCAAGCUGAGGCUCUUUAUAAAGAGAUUCUGACUCGUGCUCAUGAAAUGGAGUUUGGCUCAGUGGAGGGGGACGGCCGGCCGGUUUGGAUACACGCAGAGGAGGGAAGCUCUAGACAGGAUGGUCUGGGAAGUCUAAAGCGCAGUGGGUCGUUCACCAAGCUCCGGGAAUCUAUAAGACGAAGCAGUGAGAAGCUUGUUCGGAAACUGAAAGGAGUUGGAACACAGGAAACAGCCCCUCGAGCUGCUGGGAUGAAAAGAGCCAAUUCUCUAAAUGUGCUUAAUGUGGGUCUCAAAGAAAGUCAAGAGGCUGCUAUGAAUCCCAAUAGGCUGACAGAUGCACGGGGUCUGAGUUCAAGCACGCAGAGUUUAGCACGCCGUGCGUCUCUGAGCGGUGACAGCUAACUUUCAGACAUGUCAUAUGACAUCAGGAGAUGUCAGCCUCACAUCUGGCUGGUCUUUAAUGACUGCAAAGAUCAUAUUUGACGAGGAAUAGUAUGUGACAAUGAAUGCACACACUUCAAAGCAGUCUGUCAAGGGGCUUCUGGAAAAGGAGAGCACACUUUGGCUUUACAAAAAAAACAUUUUACACUGUAAAAUCUGUUCAGUCUACAAUUUUCUUUUAAAAGCCUGUUUUUAUAAAAAAUGUCACAGAUAUGUAUCAUUUAUUAGACUUCAAAAAGAUCCAUUCCAUGUCCUCACACUACCAUGCAAAACAAUUAUAGUAUUGGAAUUUAAUAAUUUGCACUUAAGGAAUAAUUCACUCAAAAUGUUUAAUUCUGUCAUUAAUUACGCACCUCACCAAGACCUGACUAGAAAUCAUGUUUAUAUCACGUUUGUAAUGGCUUUUAUGUUUAUGUCUCGUCGCUCCGGCCAGAUAGGGCAUCACAGUAUGACAAGGGGCGUAACAUUCUUGAGGUAUUCAUCCAAUCACAACGCACUGGUUAGCUGGCCAAUCAGAGCACACCUCGCUUUUUAGAUCGAUGAGCUUUGUAAAAAUUGUUUCAGAAUUUGGGCAUAGAAGUGAAAUAUGUAUAUGAAAUAUACAAAUAUGUAUUUUUUUUUUUUUUUACCUUAAACUGCAUAAACACAUUUCAUUACACCAAAUAAUGUUCAUUAUAGCAGCAUCAUACAACCCAUUUAAAUUAGUCAUUCUGACAUCAGUGGUUCAACCACAAUGUUAUGAAGCUUUGAGAAUACUUUUCAUCCACAGAAAAAACAAAACGACUUUAUUCAGCAAUUCUUGAAGGGUCAGAAAGCUCUCUGAUUUCAUCAAAAAUAUCUACAUUUGCAUUUCGAAGAUGAAUAAAGGUCUUUUCUGGAACAACAUGAGGGUGAGUAAUUAAUGACAGAAUUUUCAUUUUUGGGUGCACUAUCCCUUUAAAUCUUCAAAUGGCUUCUAAAUGCUCUUAACUCAAAUAUUCCUAAUGAAUGGUAAUCCAUGAUGUUACAUUCCAAGAUGAAUCCAAGACAAGCUGUUGUACAUACUAAUUUGUAUAUUUCUGAGAUAAUAUCAACCAACUGUGGUACAUAUUUGUGCCUAUAAUAUAAGGGACUUUUGAUUUGUCAGUUUCAAGCACAUGUACUUUAUAUUUCUGCAUACUGUGCUGUUGCUUUAGUUUAAGCACUUCUCAACACAAUAUGAAGAAGGAUUUUCCACGCAAAGAGUUUCAGGGUACAAGGCUGAUAUACCUACAGUAUAUAACUUGAAUCUUGCUAGUGGAUGUAGUUACUGAGAGGUUAGCCAUCAAAUGAGCUAAACAGCUGUACAUUCUAUAUUGUUGAAUCAUGUUACAUAUUCUGUGAGCUUAGGGAGUAUAUUUAUAUACUGAACGUUGCUGAUAAACCAAAUAAAAUUUUUCUACCUCUGUUAAAAUCAACGUGUGUAAAAAGUGUUUUCAGAUAAUUUGGUGGUUGACGGCUGAUAAGGCCCAA